AUGGACUCUCCGAGGAUCUUGAGCAGUACAGUCACAACUGUCAGCCUGAUGGUCGAUCUUGAGCUGUACUAUCAAAGUGAUUCAAGAAGGGCUGAUGCACGUUUAGCAAACGUAGGGGAUGUAUUUGGAUCUGGGAAUGGGAUGGAUAUGAGGAAUUGCUUGGCUAGGAGAGAAGAAGCAUGGCAGAAGAAGAGUGCUAGAGAGCUUGCUAGCCUCCUCCUUUUUGGUUCCCUUUGUGUUGUUGUGUUGCUACGAAAAUAUACCUCUAUGGUUAUUGCAGUAUAUGAGACACAUGCAUGCACAAAGCAGAAAGUGACUCUAAUGAGAAAUGUUUGGUGCAUCAAAAUUAAAAUGGGAAAGCAUUUAGGUGACACGAGAUGGAGGAACAUAUGGGCCAAUGUUCCCAAUCUGAACUUCGACGACGAAGAUACGCAUGAUGAGUUUGGUUUUAAGAGGUUUGUCAGUCGUGUACUAACCUUCCAUGACUUAUCAGAGAUUAACAAGUUUCGUCUUCGUUGUUGCUUGGAUGAUGUCUCCGGCGUUGAGAGAUGGAUUCGCGCUGCGCUAAGACGUAAUGUAGUUGAAGUUGAUGUUUGUGCUACAUCAGAGACUGACCAGAUUUUUAAGCUGCCAAAAAGUGUUUACACAAGCGAAACACUGAAGGUUUUAACUUUAAGGUCUAACUUUAUUAUUGACGCUCCUGUUGCAUAUGAUUCUUCACGCAUGAAAUUCCUCCCGAUUGCAAAUCUUUUCCCAACCUUAAAGUUCCUCUAUGUCCAUUUACUUCAUCCGAACGUCACGUCCAUGAGGAAUCUUUUCACGUACUUUCCUGUGCUUGAAGAUCUGACUAUAGAUGGAACCAUAGGAGAUGAUAACCUGAACUUGAACAUAAAUGCGCCAGAGCUGAGGACAUUAACAAUAUGUUUAUGCGCUGAAGCUAAAGAUGAAGAUGAAGAUGAGUAUGAAGGCAGUGAAUAUGAAGGCAGUGAGGAUGAUGAAAACGAAGAUCAUGAUGUCACUGGUGCGUACUAUUUCGACAUUGAUCAUAUCCCAAAGCUGGAAACCUUAAGUGUUAGGGUGGAUGUUCCAUCAUACUGGAAACUCAAAUUUGGAGUAUUACCAGCAGCCAAAGUCAUCAUCGAUCUCUAUGAUCAUUCUGCAAGUGAGCAUCCUACAUUUGCCAAACGUGCGUCAGCUCUUCUUAAAUCAGUUCGUUAUGCGCAAUAUCUGUCUCUUUCAGCUCAUUGUUUGGAAGCUUCUUCUCUGCCUUCUUUUAAAAAAUUGAAGGAAGCGAAGCUGGUUCUUCAAGAUUGCAAUCGGUUGGAAUCACUGUUACUGAAGAUUCUCGAGGGAUCACCGAAUCUAGAAUGUCUUAUCCUAGAUCGUGAGGUUGACAGUUGUGACUGUACUUCUCAAUGCUCGGAAAAUCCAUUGGAAACUCUACAACCUGUGCCGUUUUGUUUAAUUUCCAAUCUUAAGACUAUCUCCAUAAUGAGAUUCAGAGGACUUCCGGAAGAGGUGGAAGUCGUGAAGUACUUGUUGAAAAACAGUCAAGUUUUGAAGACGAUGACCAUCUCUACUUUAAGGACUACUUGUGGAGAUGUAGAGAAGGUGCAUGAGAAUUUACGUAUGUGUUCAAGAGGUUCAAAGACUUGCGAGGUUGAGUUUAUGUAA